AUGGCCUCAGUGGAUGGAUUGCAGUACCGUGCUCUUUAUGAAUAUAAGAAGGAUCGGGAGGAAGACCUGUCUCUCUGUCCCGGAGACCUGCUCACCGUCAGCAGGGCAGGGCAUGCCUGUGUGGACUAUAAGGAAGGGGAUGAGAGAAACCCCCAAGGCUGGCUUAAUGGCUUCAAUGAACGUACCAAGGAAUGGGGAGAUUUCCCAGGCACUUACGUAGAGUACUUGGGUCCUGUGAGGAUUGUGGCUGCCACGCCUAAAUCAAGGCCCAGACCACUGCCACCAAUGCCAACUGGGGCACCUUCCAGUAACUUAUGGGGUGAGUUCAUAUAUAUAUAUAUAUAUAUAUAUAUUUCAAAUGAAGUGUUUCUGUAUGAGGCAGUUUUCCAGAAUUAUGGCAGUAUUUCCUAACAGUGUGUCCUUCUGCAGCAAUCUGAAGAGGGCUGUGCUCUCUAACUAGUUGGCCUUGAGCCAUGCACUGAAGUUCAUAGGACUUUCUCAAGCUCAACUUCCGUUGUCUGUGCACAUCACUCCAUUAAUGGGAGUAGGGGGAAUGUGCGUUCCCAAGAAACUUUCCCUGUUGAAAUGCUGGCUUUGCUACUGAAGUGAGGCUCUCUUGAAAGCCCUAUGAUUUUACAGUUUAUGGAUGGUGUGGUUUGAGAGCCACAUUCUCCCAGAGCGUGAUGUGUGUGAACCACUCGGGAAUUUGAAGCAGGGCAGGCCAAUUUUCCAGCUGGCGUGUCUCUUUUUGUGUGCAGGGUAAUCAUUUUCAUGUGAGCAGCAAGUCACAUGGCUAGCCAGAUAUGUGGAUGCCUAUGCUGAUGGUUGGGAACAAUGUGUUUAUACUGGGAUGGGAAUGGGGGGGGCGGGAUUAGGAAGCCGCUUCUGGCUUUUGUUUUUAUGAGAAAUGAGGCUGACAUUCUGAAAUGUUCCAUCUCUUUGAAUUGUCCAGAUGACUUGUAUUAA